AUGGUGUCGGUGCCAGAGGAUCUACCAUUUCAAUUCAUAAGGGAAAUUACUGAUGACUUCUCAGAGGAGCGCAUACUUGGCCAAGGAGCAUUCGGAGUUGUUUACAGAGGAGUCACUAAAGAUGGACAUGAUGUUGCUGUGAAGAAGUUGAAGCCUUGUCUUGCCGACCUAGGCAACAAGCAGUUUCGAAAUGAGUUUGAUACCCUCACGGAGCUGAACCAUCAAAACAUUGUAAAGGUUCUUGGCUAUUGUUAUGAAACAAAGAAAAAACCUUUUAUCAUGUUAGAUGGAAGUAAGGUAGGGAGAAUGCUCAACUGUAUGUUACAAAUUCUCGCCGCAGCACUCUCAACUGUAUGUGGCAUAAGUGUUUCUCCAAUGACAGUGCAGAAUAAUGGUAUAGAGACGAGAGAUAAUAUCACAGUUCAACACCAGAAUGCAGCUAGCCCUCAGCUAGAACUUACUGAUGCACGAGAAACAUCAACAGUUGUAGAAGAAGAACUCAUAGUGGGGAGGCGAGAAGAAAAAGGGAAAAUAAUAACUUCUUUACUUGAGAGUUCAUCAGAAAAGAUUUCCAUCCUUCCCAUAUAUGGUAUUGGAGGCAUUGGCAAGACAACUUUUGAAAGAUUGAUUUAUAAUGAUCCAAAGUUCGAAUGCUAUUCUAAAGCAUGGGUCCAUGUGUCACAUAGAUUUGACUUGAAUAAAAUUUGUGUGUCUAUUAUUUCACAGCUAUCUGGAAAAGACAAUCAGGCUAAUGAAAUACAGGUGGUACAUAGUUCCCUCACAGAGCUACUUCCUGGUAAGAAUAUUAUGAUUGUUUUAGAUGACCUUUGGGAGGAUAAUCAGUUCCAGUUGAAGGACUUGCAGGACAUGCUAUAUCAUGAUGAUAGCAAAAUAAUUAUUUUAGUAACAACACGAAGUGAGAGCGUUGCGGAGAGAAUAUGUGCAAACCUUCAACCAUACAAGAUAUUACCCUUGACGAAUGAUAUGUGCUGGGAUAUAAUAAAACAAAGAAGUGGUUUUCGAGCUAGAGGUGACAAAGAAAAGUUGACAGGUAUAGGACAGGAGAUUGCUCAGAAGUGUGCUGGUGUGGCUUUAGCAGCUCAAUCUCUAGGAUUCACUUUGCGGGGCAUGGACCAUUUUGACCAAUGGAUGAAUGUGAGAGAUAAUGAUAUCUGGAAUGAACAUGUUUCAAAGGAUAUAUCUUUGCCGAAUCAUGUUCUGGCAUCUUUGUUGUUAAGUUAUAGCUAUAUGGAUCCAUGUUUGCAGCAGUGCUUUACCUAUUGUGCUGUCUUCCCAAAAGGUUUCAUAGAGCCAACAGAAUUACUCUCAGUUAUGGAACUCAGCAAGAAGUAUAUUAUGCAGCUCCGAGGACUAUCUUUCUUUCAAGAGUCACCCAAGGUACAUCCUAUAUUUACAUAG